AUGAAGGCUUGUAACACCAUUGCCAGCCCCUUGUGCUCCUUGUUGUUGCCCAUUUUACUUGUGUUUGCUACUGCAUUAUCCUUGGCAAAUGCAAAAACUUAUUACCAUGAUUUUGUUGUGCAAGCAACCCCAGUGAAGAGGCUGUGCAAAACCCACAACACCAUUACAGUGAAUGGGCAGUACCCAGGACCAUCCUUGGAAGUGAAUAACGGUGACAGCCUAGUGAUCAACGUCGUCAACAGAGCUCGAUAUAACCUCACCAUUCACUGGCACGGCAUCCGACAAAUCAGAACGGCAUGGUCUGACGGACCAGAAUUCAUCACUCAGUGCCCUAUCAGACCAGGAGGGAGUUACACCUAUCGAUUCACCAUUCAGGGACAGGAAGGCACACUUUGGUGGCAUGCCCAUAGUUCAUGGCUCAGAGCCACUGUCUACGGAGCUUUGAUUAUUCGCCCAAAAGAAGGAGACUCCUAUCCGUUUCCCAAGCCAAAGCGCGAAACACCCAUUCUUCUUGGUGAAUGGUGGGAUGCAAACCCCAUGGAUGUAAUAAGGCAGGCCAUGAGAACAGGAGCAGCGCCAAAUGUGUCCGAUGCAUAUACUAUCAACGGCCAACCAGGCGACUUCUAUAACUGUUCCAGCAAAGACACAGUAAUAGUUCCAAUUGACUCCGGUGAGACCAAUCUCCUUCGAGUCAUCAACUCUGGGCUAAACCAACAACUUUUCUUCACAGUCGCCAAUCACACGCUGACAGUUGUUGGAGCAGAUGCUAGCUAUGUUAAACCCUUCACCACCUCAGUCCUCAUGCUGGGACCAGGCCAAACCACUGAUGUCCUAAUUUCUGCAAAUCAGCCACCAGCUCGAUACUACAUAGCAGCACGUGCCUAUGCCAGUGCCCAAGGUGCACCAUUUGACAAUACUACCACCACAGCUAUCCUUGAGUAUAAAACUGCUCCUUGCCCUGCAAAGGGUCUCUCUGUGAAUCCUGUUUUGCCAUCUCUGCCCGCAUUUAACGACACAGCCACUGCCACCGCCUUCACUACCAGCUUCAGAAGCCCCAGCAAAGUCCAAGUACCCACUGAGAUUGAUGAAAGUCUCUUCAUCACCGUUGGUCUGGGGCUCAACAACUGCCCCCCAGGUACCAGGGCACGGAACUGUCAAGGUCCAAAUGGAACUCGCUUCACUGCCAGCAUGAACAAUGUAUCUUUUGUGCUCCCCUCCAACUUCUCUUUGCUGCAAGCGCAUCAUCAAGGUAUUCCUGGGGUUUUCACUACUGAUUUUCCAGCAGCUCCUCCAGUAAAAGUAGACUACACUGGUAAUGUGAGCCGGUCACAAUGGCAACCUGUUCCAGGGACUAAGGUAUACAAGUUGAAGUAUGGGGCAAGGGUGCAGGUAGUGUUACAGGGCACAAGUAUCUUCACAGCUGAGAACCACCCAAUACAUCUCCAUGGAUAUGAUUUUUACAUCCUUGCAGAGGGUUUUGGCAACUUCAAUUCCAAAAAAGAUACAUCCAAAUUCAACCUUGUUGAUCCACCUCUUAGGAAUACAGCUAGUGUACCUGUUGGCGGAUGGGCAGUCAUUAGAUUUGUUGCUGAUAAUCCAGGAAUAUGGAUUAUGCAUUGUCAUUUGGAUGUUCACAUUGGCUGGGGAUUGGCCAUGGCUUUCCUCGUGGAGAAUGGAGUUGGGGAAUUGGAAGCAUUACAGGCUCCUCCAGCAGAUCUGCCUCAGUGUUGAUAUUCUCAGCGAAAGUACUCCCUGAGAUUAAAAUUCAAAAUACCCAAUGGCAUGCACCACUAUUUUUCCAAAGAAACAACUUCAGUUUUUGUUUUCCCCCCACAUUGGGGCAUAGUUCCUUGUUCUUUUCUAUUCCUUUUUUGUCAUAGAUAAAAGGGUCAAGAAGGCAUGGUACCACGUUUGGAACUCAAAGUACCAUCCAAUAGAAUCAGACCCAAUGUGUUUUUUGUUUAUAGCUGUAUGGUGUUAUGAAUUUUUG